ACAAGCUUGACAAAGUAUGGAGGAAGUUAUGCCAAAAAUAGACUCAGAAUCUGACAACAAGUACUUCGCAGUGUCCAAUGAGGUGAGUACUAGGAAACCAAAAUAAACCUAAACAAGGUGUCAGGAACAUAAAAUCUCCCAAAGGUUCUAUAAAGAAAUCAAGCAAAAAGGGCCAGACCUUAACUCCUUCAAAAGACCAAUUGCAACGGGAUAUAGGCAGGAAAAUGCUAACAAAAAUCUAUAAUAACCCUCUGAGUGUAUCUAAGUCACCCUCAAAGGACCUUACAUUUGAUAAUUUCCGAACAUUCAUGGAUGAGAUGGGCAUCACCAUUGAAACCGAAAGAGCUCAAACCGAAUUUGAUGAAAUAAAGAUUAAAUAAAAUUGAGGAGGAUUAUAUGAAACAACUACAAGACCACUAUGAAGUCACAAAGAAAUUCAAGGAAACCAAGAAAGAAAAAGUGAUUGGUUCUGCUAGGGUUAUCCAAAAAUACUGGAGACUAAAUAAAGCAGAGAGGCGCCAUAGGGCUGCUAGAGUCAUUCAAAGAUGUCUUAAAAGGCAAUGUAUUAAGAAGAAGCUCAAAAAGAGCUUGGAUAUAGAAGCUAUUCGAUCAAGGUAUUCAAAGCCUGAAAAUCUCUCUAAAAUUAUAAAAAUCCAGUGCUUCUUCAGACGGAAGCUAGCUUGAACAAGACUAAUAACAAUGAACAAAAUCUGACCGUACAAGGACGAGAAGUUGUUCUUCUCAAAAUUGACGCAGAGGCGUAUUAUGUAUACUUUGAGUCGACAAAUAGACACUUAUCUUGUACAGACUAGUAUGCGGUCACGAAUAGAGCUAGAAGCGAUUGAUAAAUACGACCAAGGCCUGAAAGAUACUCUGAACUCAAAGGAAUAUAAAGAGUAUAUGUGUGUGAAGGAUGACAGUGGGCAAAACAUAUGGUUUAACAUCACCCAGCCAUUACACCAGGCUUUGCAUCCACUAAAGACUGAGUUCCUUACUCAUAAAAAGGAAGUUUACAAGCUAGCCAUUAUGGAAAUUAUGAAGAAACGCCAGAUGGCUGACCAAAGAAGGACCUUCAUCUAUGAGAAGGAGUGAGAGAUUUAUCAACAAAUGGGCCAAGAACUCAAAAAUCUAAGGCUGAAAAUGAUGUUUUAAGAGAAAUUUG